AUGUCUGAUUCCGAAGAUUUGGUCGAGCUGCCCGAAGAAGAUGAGGAGGACCUCUUCGGCGACGAGCCAGCGGACGAGAUCCAGGAGGACCGCAGUCGCGCUGGCAGCGAACGCGACAUCGCAUCCGAUCAGGAUGCCGGCGAGGGUUACGGCAGAGACGAUGAGGCACCGGCAUCAACAGACUACGAGACUAAAGUCAUUGAGGCCGUUGAGAUGCAACGCCAUCGCAUCCCCAAGGCGAAGGAUCAGAGAUUACGAUCUCUUCGCGUCCCCAAGUUCAUGAGAAUCGUCCCGACGCUUUUCGAUCCCGACACAUUCGAGCCUACUGAGCAAGAUAUCGAGAACGCCAAAGCCGAGGUGCCCAAGGCCGACAUCCGCGUCCGAAGACAGGGAAACAAGCUACAAAGCAACGCCAUGAUCCACAGAUGGAGCGACGGCUCUGUGACGAUGACCGUCGGCGAUGAGCACUUUGAAGUGACGACCAAGGCAUUGGCACCUGGACCCGACCAACCAUACUCCGAGCUCCAAGACGGACACUACUACGCCGCUGCCGCCGAGUACUCCAGCAACUUCCUCAUGUUCGUGGGACAUGUCACCGAUCAAUAUAUUGUUCGACCUGGAAAGGAAGUUGCCGACGACGCUCUUAUUGCUCUUGCGGAGCGCAUGGCGACGAUAUCACAAAAGCCGCAGGAGAAGGACAUGAUCAUCAACACCAUCCAGGAUCCCGAGCUGCGCAUGAGACAGGCAGAACAGGCAGAGAAGGAGCGCAUGAAGAUGCAACGACGUCGGGAGACGCAGACUGCCCGCAUGGAUGCCAGCCGUGGAUUUGGCCGCAGCGGAGGCCUCUCCAUUGGUGACCUCGAAGGUGGACGGCGCGCUGGCGGAUCACGGAAGAGGGGCAUGCCUGGCGCACCGAAGCAAAAGAGAAGGCGUCCCGAGUAUGACUCUGACGACGACCUGCCUUCUGGUGCGCGCAGGCAGGAUGAUUACGACAUGGAGGACGACUUCAUUGUCGCGAGUGACGAGGAGGUCAGCGAGGGAGAUCAGGACGACGAAGAGGAGCUUCUUGACGACGAGGCACCGCGGUCUAAGAAGCGGCAGAGGAGGUCGGAUGAUGAGGACGCUGAUGGAGAUGAUGACGACAUGAUGGAGCCCAGCGGCCGUGGAAGACGUCGUCAUGUUGUCGACGACGAUGACUCGGAGUGA